UACUCAAGAUGUCGAAGGCAAUUAAAUACUAUUAUGACUUCCUGUCUCAGCCAUCCCGCGCCCUUUGGAUCGGAAUGAAAUUGAGCAAGACCCCUUUUGAAGAUUGCCCGGUUGCCCUGAGAAAACAGGAGCAAUUGACCGACGAGUACAAGAACAUCAACAGGUUCCAAAAGGUGCCGGCCAUCGUGGAUGGUAAAUUUCAGUUGGGCGAGAGUGUCUCCAUAGUGCGUUACCUCUCGGACAAAGGAGUCUUUAGCGAGCAGCUGUAUCCCAAGUCCUUGGAGGAUCGUGCAAGAGUUGAUGAGUUCCUAGAGUGGCAGCACUUCAAUGUUCGCAUGGUCUGCUCCCUGUUCUUCCGUCAGGUGUGGCUUUUACCGGCAAAGGGAUUGGCUCCGGCCCCAAAACCCGAAACCGUUAAGAAGCUUAUUAAGGACGUGGAGGGAAAUCUGGGCCUCUUGGAACGCGUGUGGCUGGAGAAGGACUUCCUAGUGGGAGAUAAACUCACCGUGGCGGAUAUCUUCGGGGCUUCGGAAAUCAAUCAAAUGAAGCUCUGCCAGUACAAUGUGAAUGAGAAGCAGUUCCCCAAGAUUGCCAAGUGGUUGGAGCGCGUGCGAGAUGCCACCAAUCCCUACCACGACGAGGCCCAUAGUUUCCUGUACAAGGUCUCUAAGCAGGCAGCCAGUGCCAAAAAUUAAUUCAUUUUAAGUGUCGAUCACUUUUUAUCUUUGCAUUUAUUAAAAUUGUAAGACAUCACUGUAA